UAAUCAAUAGUGUUCAACAAUCAACUAAUUGUUAGUUAUUCCAAUUGUAUUACUAUUGGAGUUAGUUUUCAAAACUUUAAGAAAAUCUUUCUGAUUGUUGGAGGUACAAUUAACUUUAAUUGUUAACAACAUUAAGUAUAAAAUGAGAAAGUGUAACUUUCAAUUGAAUUAAAUUAAUUGUAAAAUGUUAAUUAAUCUAAUGAUUUGAUUGUUAACUCUAGAUGAAGUUUGAUGAUAAAAGUAAUAACAAUAACAAUUGAAUGAUAACAAUCAACUGAAUUAAGUAAACAAUCAAGUAGAUUAGUUUUGAACCCAUCCUGAGGGUAAUAAUUUGUUGAUCAUAAUGAUGAUAAUCAACAUUUAACAGCAGCAAUCAACUGAAUCAACAUUAAAAUUGUAUUUGUUUUACAAUUAAACCUUCAAAGAUAAUAAAUUAUAUUGUUGAAAUGAUGAAAUGAUCAAUAAUGAUAAUUCAAGUUUGUUUACCUGUUAAUGAUGAUUGGGUUAAUUGUUUUGAAAAUGAGAAACUGAAACAAUUAAUUUAAAUUGUUGAAGUUUUGGUUUCUUUUGAUGGGGUGGUGAAGGUGCGGUUGAUUGUUGGUAUUGGUGAGAUAAGUAAAUUGCAACAAUUAAGAUGAUUACAUGUGAUUAACUGUGUUGACAAUUCAACUCUCAGUGUCAAACCAACCUGAUCAAUAUAUUAAUCAUUUACUUUUAAAUUAACAGUUAAUCAACAACAACAAUCAAAAUAAGGAGGUACAAGGUAAACACCAUGUAAUCAAAAAAUCGUAAAUUCAAAUCAAUUGAUUAAGUUGAUCAUCGACAAUCAGAAAAAUGUAAUUCAUUGUUUCACUUUUUGUUUCUGUCAAUUGAAAUCAAUUGUUAACUUGAUCACAAUUGGUAAAUGAAAAAUCAUCAAUCAUUAAUUAGUGAUCACUGAUCAGUUAAUCAUUAUGAUCGGUUUCAGUUUUUUGUGUUCAACAAUUUAAAUUUUGUCAAGUAAAUUAUGUUCAUUUUUUGUUAACUAAUUUGUACUUUAAUAAUUAUUGUUACAAUUAAAAGGUUAAGAUAUCAGUUAAUUAUGUUGAUGAUAUUCCCAUUGGAUUAACACUUAAUCAUGUUAUCAUCUAUAUUGUUCAAUCUAAUUGUACUAAUCAACUUGGCUGAUUAUGGUGGACCAGUUGCAAUUUACCUUCCACAAUCAAAAGUGUUACCAGUAUUCAUCCCAAUUAAACAUGAACAUGGUAAUGACAAUAAACAAGGUCCAAAUCAUAGUAUCAGUGAGACAGAUCAGAGUAUGAAUAAAGUGAGAUCGCCAAUGGGUGAAGAUGUAAAAACCAUGAAUGAACCAUCACCUUCAUCAGAUUCAUCAGAUGAAAAUGAUGAAGAUUUGACCGGACGGAUGGUCAAUGGUAACAUUAUGACGGGCAAAGAAACCAAACCCUUGGAGGGCAGUGAGAAUAGUAGUAAAAAUAAUGACAAUAUCAAUGGGAACGAUGUUGAUAAUGGUAAUAAAAAUGUUGAUCAAUCCAUUGGUAUCAAUAUUGAACAGCAAAAAACUACUCUGUUAACAUCAUCAAGUCAUCAGGCUUCAACAAUCAACCAGAUUAGUAAUUCAGCCAUGAAUCAACUUUUACUUAAUUCACUUGGUUCAUCAUUAAAUGAAGACACUUCAUCCCUUAGGAUUAAUCCCUUUGGUGAUACUCAAUCUGGUCAACAUGUUUUCAAUAAUGAAAAUGUAAAUGAUGAUAACAAUAAUAGUAAUAGUAAUGGUGAUGAUGAUGAUGGUGAUGAGAAAGCUAAAGCUUUAGAGAAAUUGAUUGCUGAGGCUGAUGACAAAAGAUCACAAUCAGAGUUGUUAUCAUCUUCAUUGUCUUCUACAGGGGAAACAUUUUCAUCUUUACCAGGGUCAAUGGAAGGUGACGUUGGACUGUCAUCGUCUUUGGCUUCAUCUUCUGAAUCCUCGCCGUCUUCCGGUUCAUUAACACCCUUUUCUGGUGUUAUAAGUGAAGAUAAUAUCAAUUCACUUCAAUUGAAUUCGUUAAUGUCAUCAAUGAAACCUUUCCAAUCGAUGUCUUCGUCCUCUCCGACUUCCUCUUCGACCCAUGUUCGUGGUUCACCACAAACCUUGUCUGGGGUACAGAAAUUUCAAUCGCUUUUCAAUUCACAUCCUUAUUUCAAUUUGGGUGAUACAAGUUUGACUUCAUUGAAUUCACCGUCCAAAUCUAAUCUUAGUCCAUUAACUUUAACCAGUGAUCUAACGGGAUCUUUACAACAAGCCUUGUCCGCUUCCUUGCCAACAUCCUCUCAGUCAUUGUCAUCGUCAUUGUCUUCAUUAUCUUCUCCAUCAUCAUCUUCGUCAUCUUCAUCUUCAUCUUCAUUCCUUCCUGGCCUGAGUGGGACUUCCUCUUCAUCACCAAGUGAUUUUAUUAAUAUGCUGAGUCUAUUUCAACAGCUCAAUGAUAACACCAUGUCGACGGUUAAAGAUGAUCUGAAUUUACAACUAUUGAAACCACUUUACAAUAAUGGAAACUCUUAUUCACCACCUUUGACUUUAUCCUCCUCUUCAUCUUCAUCACCGACAUCAUCCUCAUCCUCAUCCUCAUCAACUUCUCCCUCUGGAUCAUCUAUCGGAUCGCUACUGUCUUCAAAUGGCCAUAAGACUCGAACAUUAAUAUUACCGAUCCUGGGUGAUUCUCUAUUCCAAUCUGCCAAUCCUUUUUAUGAUGCCUUCUUACAAUCGUUAUCAGCUUCAUCUUCACCUUCGUCUUCAUCUAAUUUACAAGCGGGUUCAUCAUUGAAAUUAUUUCAAGAUGGACUGACGAGUAACGGUGAGCUGAAUUUGGAUGGGACAACUAAUGGUCAACCAAGUAUCGCUGAUCUUAGUUCACUUUCAGGCCUUACUGGUAAUAAUGAGAUGGAUGAUCAAUCGAUAUUCACUCAAGGAGGUUCACUAGUUGGUACAUCAUCUAUGGGUAAAGGUCAUCCUUAUGUCGUUGUUGAUGAAGAGUUCAAUGCUAAUGGAAUCAGUUUACCACAAGGAUAUAAACCAGAUAUGAUUGGUAUUUUGGCAGGUCCACCUUGUGUUGAUACCUCAUCACAUGGAGAUAAAUCAGAUAAAAACGGUAAAUCGGACAAGGAAAGGAUAGAAAAUCAAAAUGAUAAAAAGCCAACUUGUCCAUAUCAUCAUCACCAUCACCACCAUAAUCAUAAAAAUGAGAAUCGUAAUCAAGACCGUGAUCAAGAUCGCGAUUCAAAUCGUGAUCGAGAUAGAGACCGAGAUAGGGAUCGAAAUAGUGAUCAAGAAAGAGAUCGAGAUCGAGACCGAGAUAGGGAACAAGAUCGAGAUCGAAGCCAAGUUUCACCACCAGAUCGUUAUCCUGAUCAAAAUGAUGAAGAUUCAGGAAAAAAUGAAAACUCAAAUCAAUCUCCUCGGUCUCAUUCUCAUCACCAUCAUCACCAUAAUCAUCCUCAUCAUUCUCAUGAACCUCAUGAAUCUCAUGGAACCAACUCACACCAAUCUGAACCAGAUAAUCAUCGUUCACCACCAAACGAUGAUAAAGAUAAAUAUCAUCGUCAUCACCAUAACCACAAUCAUCAUAAUGAUGAAGAUAAACCAAUGUACACACCUCGCAAUCGAACAGCCUUUCGAAGUGUACCUUUAAUAAAAGGAGCCUAUCGAUAUAAACCCGAUCCAGGUUACGAAGGUUCCUAAAUCAAUCCACCAGUAAAUUGUUGAACCGAAAAUUGUGUGUAAAACUACAAUACAAUCAAUUGUUAACAUAAAGAAAGAAAAUUAAAAUAAGAAUCAAUAAAUAACAAGACAAAACGACAGAAAAAAGCUAGAA